GGAGCUGUGGAGGCUGCAUCGGUUGAGCUGCUGGCAGUGAAACAACAAACAGAAAGGGGAACACGUUCACCGUGGACGUGGGGGGAGGAGGACGAGGCUGAUCUCUGCUUCAUUUAUAUUAUUAUUAUUAUAUUUUUAUCCUUUAAAACGAGGCCGAGGAGCGCGAGCAGAGCCACGAGGACGAGCCGGAUAUGAACGGGCAAAUCGUAUGCAAUAGGCGCUCAGUCGCUGUCUUAAGCUGCACCCGGUCCAUAUCACCAGUUCAUGAUGAAAUCAAGCUGACACAGGAGGGAAGGUGCUCUCCAGUGUGCUUCCAGCAAAAUGAUGCUCAGCGGCAGGGAGAGGGCAGAAGAACAAACGCCAUCAGCGCGACACCAAAAGACUCAAAGACAGAUUUCCCUGCGAUGGAGAGCAGCUUCAGCGCGUGUUCACCCUGCUGGUCAGAUGAACAACCGUCGCCUCCGCAGCUCCACUGCGCUCAGACCUGCCUUCGCUCCCCCGCCGAACUCCCCCUGCCUCUGGGUAACAGCUUGUCUCACGCUCCCCUCCACGCCAGCAACAACCACAACAACAACAACAACAGCAGCAGCAUCGCUCUCCAGCGGCGAGGCGUCCGCCUCAAGGUCAAAGGAAAGAAAUCCACGCUGAGAAUUGCAAGCGGGAAAAACUCCCAAAACCGAAAAGUUACCGACUAUUAUCCAAUAAGACGAAGCUCAAGAAAGAGUAAAACGGAGCUAAAGUGUGAAGAAAAGAAGCACACGGAUGAUCUCAUCACAAACGGAAUAGAAGAAGGAAUGGAGGUGCAGCAUAUAGAAGGGAAAGGGAGAGGAGUGUUUGCGACGCGGUGUUUCCAGAAGGGCGAGUACGUGGUGGAGUACCACGGAGACCUGCUGCAGAUCACCGACGCCAAAAAGAGGGAGGCCGAAUACGCUCUGAACCCGACCACGGGCUGCUACAUGUACUACUUCCAGUACCUCUGCAAAACAUACUGUGUUGACGCUACCAGAGAGACGGGUCGAAUGGGCCGGCUGAUAAAUCACAGCAAAAACGGAAACUGCCAAACCAAACUCCACGACAUCAACGGCGUCCCUCACCUCAUCCUCGUUGCCUCUCGCGACAUCGACGAGGGCGAGGAGCUGCUCUACGACUACGGAGACCGCAGUAAGGCCUCCAUCGCCGCUCACCCGUGGCUCAAAUACUGAUCCUCGACAACAACAACAACAACAAACAAAAAGGGAGACUCAAAGUACCACUUGUGUUUCUCAUUAACUAGUGUACAAAAUGCCUUAGAAACAGAAUGUGUACCCUUUUUGUUCCGGUAUUGAGGAGGUGGGAUGGGGGGGUUAUGUGUCGACGGGGUACGUAUCACAUUAAUGUCCGUCUGCUUUGUCAGACGACAUCUGUACUUUUUAUUUAUGUGUAUAUGAAACAUUCUGGUUGUUUUGCAGCACAUUUCUUUUGUACAUUUUGUAUUACCUAUAGACCAAUGCUUCUACGGCAUGCAGGUGGUAGUUAAUGCUCUGCGUUUUUAUACUGCGUUUUUCUUAAUUAGUCGUUGGAUACUUAGCAAUACUUACAAGGCCCCAGAGCCUUUUUCUUUUUUCUUUUUUUUGGAUCAGCAAGAACUAUGAGAUGCAAAUUAUUAAUAUAUUCUGUUCAAUGGAAUUUGAUUUCAAACCAUCGAAACUCAACACAAUCUACCGUUGUUUAUUGGAAGUGUAAUAGUUUACCAAACUCAUGGUUCAGUUGGCAUUUUUUGGGUCAUAAAUACAAGAAAACAAGUAUUCUUGUUAAACAUACAGACUAAGGAAUGAUUCAUAUUAAUAUUUCCUUUUUCAUGCUUUUUCUUUUAACCCUAUAUUGUAUUUUUUAAUAUUUAAGACCAUUAUCAUGUAGUAAAGUGUUCAGGUACUUACAGUAUAUUCUGUUAUUACUGUUAAAAUACAAAUGUGUAUGAAAGUUUAUUAGGCAAAUAUCUACUAAUAUAAAUAGAAUUAAAAUAAUUAAAGUUUCUCCGUACUUCGACUGGCUCACAUGAUUAUCUAGUCGACGUUCUCAGCUGUCAAAUCAUCACUAUUUUAGUUUCACUUAAAACUCACGACGCUGUCUUUAUUACUGCACGAUGUGAAUCUAUUUAUUCAUGGUUUGGGGUUGCAAAUCAUCGGGUGGUUUAAAGGAAUAGUUUGACUUUUUUUUGGGACACGAUUUUAAAUAUCAAAGCUAAUCAGAGCCGUGAAUUUGUCAAAAUUGCCAAUUUUUCAUUUACAUUUUUUUGACAUUCAACACUUUAACUUAAUUUUAGUGUAACAUACUUAUACUUGGAAGGAAAUAAGCCUGUCAGAGCUUUCCAGUCAUGUUCUGUGUCUGAUUUAUGAAUAAAAGAGGAAAAAAUAAACCAAAUUCAGAUCAUUAAACAUUAAACGUAAAAAGCUUGUAGCAUAGCUAUUUUUAUCAGGGGAAAAUAAAAAAGUAGCUUAGUCGUGUUUAAAAACAGCCCAGUCUCACUUAAAUAGCAGAUUGUGUUAUCUUUGGACAGGCUAGCUGUUUCCCCCUGUUUCCAGUCUUUAUGCUAAGCUAAGCUUCACAUCUAACAUACAGACAUGAGAGUGGUAUCAAUAUUCUCAUCUAUCUCUUGCCAAGAAAGUGAAUAAUUGUGUUUCCUUAAAUGUCAAACUCUUCCUUUAACAAACUAAAAGGUCAAAUGGUCUUCUGGGAAUCUCUCUCGUGUUGUUUUGUUCAGGUGAACCGUGUCUUUGGUGAACUGUUACACUCCUACUGUGUAAAUCUUUGCAGGUUUUUUUUACACAUCUGUUCUUCUCCCCCCCCAUUCACAAAAUAUUGUUCAUAUUGUUUCAUGUGAAAAGUAUUUUAACAGCUGAACUGCCAACAGGUCAUUUUUUUUAAUUUAAUAUUUUAGUUUUUUUUCUUUCAAAUGUGUUUUCAAUGAAUUGUAGCCAGAAGUUCUCACAUUUAUCUUAUUUAUCUUGAUUUCUGUUUGAUUUAUAUCUAGAAAAACAUUGCGAGACUAAUAAUUUAGCUAAUUGGUGAUGCGUAUAUAUGAAAUAUUUUUAAAGGAAAUUUCCAAUUCUGCUCUUUACAAUACCUUUUAAUUUUCAUGAAUUAAAUCACAGGGGCAUCCCAUAAAUCUAAUAUGAAAUACAGAAUUAAAUUUACAGUAUUUUAGCUUGAAUGUUAGGUACAAUUAAUAACUGCAAAUUCAAAUGUUUAAAUCAAAAUAAUGAAUCUGUUUUAAAGCAAAAGUCUGGUUAUGUUCUAUAUUGUUUGUUACUGUCAACAAAUCCCAUGAAGCCAAAAGAAACCCAACAAAGUGUCUCUAGAUAUCAGACUUUGGUAAACACGCACAAUUAUUCACUGUUUGUUUUGUUUAUUCAUGGUAUUUAUUAACAGUACUAAAUAUCUGGAACAUCACCCUAUUAUUCUUAUUACAGUAACAGGAAAGGCAAUGAUACAAUUUAAAAUAUAUAAAUAUCAAUAUAUAUAUAUAAUAUUCAGUGGUUCGGUACAAUAAUUUGGCAUUUUAUGACAGUCUAGCAUUAUAACACAAUUAUAUUUAUUUAAUUGUACAGCACUUUCUCCUCUUAUAAGCUCGGUUUGUAUUAGUGCUGGUAUUAUCUAAAAUUAUCAACGAUUUUUUGAUUAUUAUUUUUAGUUUAGUAUCAUUAUUUUAAGGUUCAGACUUAAAGGGAUAGUUGGGAAUUAUUUGCUGAGUCAAAACCCAAUGCUAGCUGUUUCCCCUGGUUUCCAGCAUUUAUGCUAAGCUAAGCUAAUUACCUCCUGUAGCUGUAUCUUGAGAUUCCUCCGACAGACAUGAGUGGUAUCGAUCUUCUCAUCUAACUCUCAGCAAGGAAGAGAAAAAGGUGUAUUUUUACUUUAAUCUAAUGCAAAAUAAGCUUUAUCAAAUAUUAUUCAUCAUCUCUGUAGGUGUUUAUGUUCAGAGUUUGCAUACAAAAGUGUUCAAAAAUCAUGAAAUGGACUUCUUAAAAGUUUUCAAAAUAUGUAUAUUAUUGAAUUUUUGGAUUAUUUUGAUUCCCUGUUUUAACGGUUUUCAAAUAUCAUAAAAAUAUCAGUGUUAAUACAAAAAGGCCCCGUCGCAUAUGUGUUUAUGGAUAAAACACAUUUCAGGAAACACAUUCACAUUUUGACUUUCCUCCUCCUCAUUUCACCUGCCGCCUCUCUAACUGUAGCAUUGUGUCACAUGUGUGAAAUGUUUCCAUUCUUAAACAUUUUGGAUUAUUCCAUUAUUUAUUUUAAACUGUAGAACUAAUGGAAUAAUACCAGAAGAGGCAAAACUGACCUGUUGGCCAUUUUUAGGACAUGAUAGAUCUUUGCUGUUGUAGCGUUGAAUAAAUCUUAAUGCUGGGGUUUAAGGCAUCGAUGAAUAAAGAUGUAAUAUGCAAGUAACCGGAGUCCCGCAUCUGAUUUGUUCUUGUGUUAAAAUAAAGAUGU